AUGAGCGCUGCAGUGGAGCCGCCGCAGCGGCCACCUGCGCCCUCGGGUGGCGGCGCGGCUGCAGUACCACCUGGGGCAGGCGCUGGGGCACCCCCAUCCUCUGGGGCCCCUCCUCCUGACUUGAUCUUCCCGCCUGCGGAUAUGAGGGGUGUGAUAGAGAAGACUGCGCAGUUCGUAGCUAAGAACGGGGCAGAGUUUGAAUCGCGUGUAUUGAGGGAGCAGAGUGCAGCAAAGUUCGGGUUUCUGUUGCCGAACAAUCCUUAUCAUGCAUUCUAUAAGCUGAAGGUGAGGGAGUUCACCACGGGGGAGGCUGCGCCUACCCCGCAGGUGCCUCAGGCGAUUCGUGACAUGCAGCAGAAGCAGCAGCAGCAACAGCAGAAACAGCAGCAGCUGCUGAUGCUGACGCAGAUAGGGGAAAGUGAGAAGGACGAAGCAAAGCAGCUUAUAGAGCCCCCCCCACCCAACCAGUUCGUGCUGCAGCACCCGUGGAUUGCCCCUGUGGACUUGGACAUAAUUCGUUGCUGCGCGCAGUUUGUCGCUCGCAACGGGCAGAAGUUCCUUGCGGGUCUGGCGCAGCGGGAGCAGCAGAAUCCUCAGUUUGCUUUUCUUAAGCCUUCUCAUCAUUUAUUUUCUUAUUUUGCUUCUCUCGUAGACGCCUACACCAAGUGUCUACUGCCUGAGAAAGAAACCCUUGACGCUCUGAGCGAGACUGUAGCAGACCGGCAGGCUCUGCUGGCGCGGGUGCGGCGGCGCAUGCAAUACGAGCGACAGCAGAUGCGGCAGCGACAAGAGAAAGAAAACAAAACACAAGAGGAAAGAAGACUGAUGAUGUCUCUGGACUGGGAGUCCUUUCAUAUUGUGGAGACAAUCGAAUUCACAGAAGAAGAUGAACGCCUUCCUCUUGCUGCUCCUAUUGACUUCCGCUCCAUACCGAAGGAGCUGCCUAAGGCGCUGCUAGCAGAUGAUCCAACAGCAGCAGAUGGUGAUGGAGUAGCAACAACAGCAGAACAGGCAGAGUCCAUCGCUAAACUUAUAGAGGGUGCAGAUCCAGACGCAGACGAUGAAGCCAUGGAAACCGAAGACGAAGAAGAAACACGAGAGCAAGCAGAAGCAGAAAAGCUGCAACAACAAGGACCCGCGGGAGCUGCUGCAGAAGCGGCUGCUGCAGGCCAACAGCAGCAAGAAGUCGCCCCGGCGCCCCCAGCUGCUCUGCGUGUAGUGAAGGGCUACGUGCGUACAAGGAAGAGGCAGGCGGCUGCUGGGGUUACGAGCGGUUUCCAGCGGUGCCCCAUCACUGGCCAGUUGAUCCCAGCGGAGCAGAUGAGUCAGCAUCUGCGUAUUCUGCUUCUCGACCCCAAGUGGAAGGAGCAGAAGGACCGGUUCCUGGAGAAGGCCCAGGCGGAGUCCGCCUUUGCCCCAUUAGAAGACGUGGAGGGGUAUUUGGCGCAGUUUGUUGCCAAGCGGCCUGACCUCUUCGGAUCUGUCGAUGAUCACGCUAGGCUUGAGGCUGAGGCAGAAGUAGACCCUUUGCGUGCGGAAGCAACAGUUGCAGCGGGAACGCGGGAAGGAGUCGGGGGUACUGCCCCCGAGGCGAAGAGGCAGCGUGUGGACGCGGCCCCUUCAGCAGCAGCAGCAGGAGGGGCCCAAUCUCUGCUCCUGCUGACAGUUGUCUGCCGAGAGGGAGAAGGUCUGGAGGCCCAGGAGGCGCAGGUGGAGGUGGACAGGUCGUUGACGGGCGCACAGCUGAAGCAGUCCCUGCUGGAUGCGGGUAUCGGCGCGGAAACCCUCAGGGCCCGCGACCUGCAGCUCUCCACUACCCUCAAUGGACCCGCGAUGCUGGACCACCUUACGCUGUCAGAGGCGGGGAUCCGAUCGUCAGAGGGGGUUCUGUACCUGUCUGUUGUUUCACGCUGA